GGGAGGGAAAGAGGCAGACGGGCUCACCCAACCCUAAACACUGCAAGAGUAAAAGUUGAGAGGACAGAAGAGUGUGAAGACAGGAGGAGAGUAAAAUGGGGCAGAAAGGUUCCUCAGACAAGAAGAAGGACAGGAGGAGCAGAGAUGAGAGUCCAGCGCCAGAAGAUCGUAAGAAGUGCAGAGGCUGUUGCUUCCCGCUGCUCGUUGCCCUGCUCCAGCUGCUGCUGGGGGUCGCGGUCGCGGCCGUGGCCUUCCUCAUGUUGGCCAUCAGCCCCUCACUCCUGGCCAGGGAGACGCCACACUGGGCUGGGAUCAUUCUGUGUUUAGUCUCUAUCCUGGGCUUCAUCCUGUACUGUGUCACCUACGUCCCGGAUGAGAGGACGACUCUGCAAUUCAUCGUCAAGCUCCUUUACUUCAUCCUGUGUGUCAUCGGCCUGGUGAUUUCCGUGCUGGCCGUGGCUUUCUCUGGGUACCACUACAGUCAGACCAGCAGCUUCAGCUGCGUGCAGGCCCGCGACACGUGCGUGUGCACGCUGGACAAAGACGACCCAAUCGCCCGGACCUUCACCUACGAGGGAGUCAGCGACUGCGAGGUGAUCACGGGGACUCUCACGCUCUACUUCCUGAUCCAGAUCAUACUGAACCUGGUCCAGGCACUGGUCUGUGCCGUCGGGGCCUUCAUCAUGUGGAAGGACCGUUACCAGGUCUUCUUCGCUGGUCUUCAGAUAGGCUCCGCCUCCACGCAGCAGUGGCAGAAGGUCUAACGUGACCAGUACAGUUCCGUACACUCUGAAGGACAGGGAAUCUUACUCUCUGGUGUGUCAGCCUUAAUGUGUGUUCUAUUUGAUGUCAGUUGUAUUAUAUAAUGGCUUUUUGCACAUAUUUUGUAUACCAUAUUUAGUGACUUUAAUGUUAUAUUGAUAUCGGGUUAAUGUUUGGAAAAUCAUUUCUAUUUAUCUUGACCUCUGCUCACAUGACUCAGCAAAACAGUCACACUUAAAGGUCCAGUGUGUAAAAGAGAUUGAAAAUACUACCCAUGAAGUACAAUAUGUUUGUGUAUAAGUGUAUCAUAAGCAUCUUUUGGUUUCAGCCUUUUAUAUGUACUUUUAUAAGCAAGGGCCUUGUUUUACAGAGGCGGCCAUGUUUCUACAGCAGCCCAAAUGACACAAAAGAAGAAGAAGAAGAACAUUCUUUCUGGUUUGCCAGGGCCACCGUACUUUCCCACUGAAGAGAGAGAGAGAGAGAGUGAGGUGUGAGUCUUACAAUCUGACGUCUCACCCUCAGAUGUCACUAAUUCUUACACACUGUCAGAUUUGGGUAUAGUUACUUUGGAAAGUACAACGUUACUGUCAAAUAAAAGUAAUCCGUUACGUUACUGCGUAACCUAUGAAUAAAAGUAAAUCGUAAGAGUACUCAUGAAAUGAAAAUGCCCGCGCCGGCUUAUCUGACCACAGACACACGCUCCUUUAACCCUUCUGUUACCAGUCACACCAAGACCAUUUGACUGGUGAUCUGUCCAGGGUGUGACCCUGCCUAUAAAUCCAGGCAUAAGAGGGUUAAAUGUACAGAGAAGUCCCGACACUUUCAGGAGGCUAAAAAUAACAGGAAUGACGGACAGCAAUAGUCCACUUAAUAGCACUUUAAUAGCACACACAUGUGGGUAAACAGGAGCUCCAAACCAGGUUAUAACACGUGAGAGAGUGAUCUAGUGAUCGGACCCAACGUCUCCUCCAAUGACAGGUGCAGGCGGCGGUUCCUCAGGCAGUGGACGUCCCAUGCCGAGCACACAGCACUCGGCAGAGAGCAGCACCGUGGCAGUGUCUCUGCAUUCGGGAUUUUCUUUUAUGGAUUACUUAUUUUCAAAACAUAACUAAGUUACGGAUUACUUAACGCGCUACGUUACUCACUACAACAAAAAAGUAAUCUGAGCACUCACAACACUGCGCACUGUACCUUUAAAUUGUAGAAUCUUUCAAAAAAAAAAAGUCCUUUGCUUUGAGUUACUGAGGUUUGGCGACAGUGAUGCCAUGGUUUUGGAAAUUGAAUGGAAUUGAAACAAAACAGUAAGAAAAGUCCUAGUUUGAUGAUGUCAGGAGGCAGUGUGGCAUCAUGGGAAUUGUAGUAUCGUGUGGUUUCUUUGUUUGUUUGCACUUAAACGGGAGAAUUAAAACAUGAAAUCUC